AUGACAGCGGUCUGUUUCGUGUGCAACCUGCCUAUCUUGAGCCACCAGGCCGGACUGACAUGGCAAGAAGGAAAUGGCUGGGACGAUCUUGUGCGAGAGCAGGAGGAGGAGUCCAUUUUGAGGCAGCAUUUUGGGACAGGAAGACGCGACUCAGCGACACAGAUCACAUCGGUAUCACCGCCGAACGAGUUGCAUCACUCGACUGCACCGAAUCAGCGUCGUCGACGAUCCAGUUUAGCCCAGCUGACGGACAUCCUGCGGGAAUGGAGCGGUGGUGGCGGUUCCGGGAAAAGCGACCGCGGGAACAAGCUGCACCGUCGCGAGACCCUGGCUGACAUCAUGAAGUCCUCGCCGUGGUCCAGACAGACGACCACGGACGCCAGUCACUUGGAAAGGCUGCGGAAGAGACGGGAGAGCUCGGUGGACGGCGGGAUCAGGAACCAGGCGUCCACGAAGUCGAGGAAAGAGUCGACGAUCAGCGAGCUGAAGAACGACUUCGCUAGGCUCUGGGGCAAGAAAGAGACCCCUCAGCCGCCUCCUGUGGUCACCUCGCCUACUUAUAAAGGCUCCAGCGACUCGAGGAGCUCCCGACGCGGUUCCAGUGAGAGCGCGAGGACCAAAAGCCAGGGCGAGCGGAAGCAUAAUUGCAGUCAUCACAGACGCAGACAGUCGCAGCAGUCGAUGGACAGCGGCAGUAGCGUGAUACAAGCGAAAUAUUACAGGAGCGAUCAAAGACCGAGCGCUUCCAGCACUGAUAGCGCGGCCAGCAAUGCUGCCAGGGAGUACAUGGAAGCCCGCAACUCGAUGGACAGAAGUGACCGGUCGAGCAGCAUCGAGGGUAAGGCACCCGUGACGAAAAGCAGCGAGUCAAAAACGUCCAUCACCACCACCACUACAGUGUCUUCGUCGACCACCGUGGUGACCACGUCGUCGUCCCUGUCCGUAGACCCGAAAUCCUUCACAGAGAGCAAGACUCUGACCCUCGACGCGACCGCCACGCCACCUACAAUCGUCAUGUCGUCGGUCACCCCGCCAGGCAUCUCUCUGACCGUUGGCAGCAGCCUUCCGCUACCUGGAACUUCCACUUCCGGUAGCUCCAGUCCCGUUGGCUCACCCAACGUCAGCACACCGACACCACCUUUGCUCACCUCCAGGAGGAACUCGACUACACAGUGUUAUCAGAAGGGGAAAGAGGCCUCCCCAAACAAGAUGUCGAGAUUAAUACGACAAUCUGCUGCCAUAGAUGAGUCAAUGCCACCAGCUCGACGACGCGGAAGUCAGCCGACUCUGUCACCGGAUACUGACGAAGGAGGACGAAGAGCUCGGAAAGAUUCGCUGAGCCCAGAUUCCGCUUCGUACCCACGACGCCGUGACUCGAAGAGCCAUCUGAGUCCGGACAGGGCAGUCGAUAAAAGGGAUAUCAGUCCUAUCAGAGAGAGAUCUCAGCUGACACGGCAGUCAAUGUCGAUGGCCGGUCGGUCGCCACCCAGGUCACCAGAUAGCUCUUCCUGUUCGUCGAGAGACCCAAGUCCCUGUGCUCGUGCACCAAGAGGUAUGCCACAUGCUCCCAUGGCGAGAAGACACUCGACGACAAAGGAGAUCCUCAUGAGUCGUGGCUUUCGACGACAAAGCACCAUAGAGGAGACGAUAAAUCGUCGAAACUUUCGCAGACGAAGCUCUCAAGGCGAAAGGGUUCAAAGAUAUCAAGGACGAAGGGAUAGCUCGACUCAAAUUACCGACGGGACAUUCGCCACGAUGUCAGUCGAGACAUCGAACACCUUUUUUGACAGCAGCACGCAGACUGAACCGUCACCACUGUACGACAACAAUCACUACCAAUGCCGAAAAUGUAACAGCUGCGGCCUGAAUCUCACGGGACCCAACUACAAACGGGCUAGACGGUUCAAGAACCAAAUACUUUGCGAUCUUCACUUCGCUGACGUGGCGCUGAUGGAGAGCUCGGACUUCAUGCAGCAGUUGCGCAGCUUCAAAUCACAAAGUUUAGGCUGCGCAGUUGCACGACGGAAGUCAUCCACCACCUUAAUAUUCCCGUUGCCACCGCAAGCUUGCUCAGACGAGUUCUGCAACGAGUUCCCUCACAACCUGGUGCCAACACCUGGCUACUGGAUCGAGUGUUCCAGACAACAGAUCACCUCUGACACGAUCUGGGACGAGAGCGAGAGCGGAGAGGCUACAGACAACGAGCUAGCAGAGGUUCCACAGGAAACGGAAACCGACGAGCUGCCCAGGAAGAAGACCACGAUCGAGGAGCACUGGGAGAAGAACCAAGGCUUCGAGCUGACAUCCGUGGAGCAGGAGACCUACGAGAAGUACUUCUACAAGAAUGAUCAUUGGAAUUAUUUCACCAAUGACGAAGACCUCGGACCUGUCAUACUCAGCAUCAAGCAGGAGAACUUGAACAGUCGGGAUCAGUUCAGAAUCCUCGUCAGAGCGAUCAGUUAUACCGCGCAUGGACUCAUCCCUGCCAGCUCUGUGUUCGCUGACAGGUAUAAUCGCGAGGACGUGGUACGCAGCUUAGGCACAGAGGUGAACGUAAAUCCGCCAUUAACGUUAGGCCAAUUACCCGACACCGAAGACGAGCUUCUGAAGCUGGAUCAGGUGUUCAUUAAAUCCGAGUUGAAAGUUGGCGUGCUGUACGUUCAGGAGGACCAACGUACAGAGGAGGAGAUACUGGACAACCACGAGAAUUCGCCAUUGUUCGACGAGUUCCUUCAGAUUCUGGGCGACAAGAUUCGUCUGAAGGGUUUCGAUAAGUACAAGGGUGGAUUGGACACGAUUCACGACCUUACCGGGUUGAAUUCCGUGUAUACUAAUUGGCGAGGCAUCGAGAUCAUGUACCACGUGUCCACGUUUCUUCCUAACGAGAAACACGACGUGCAGAGGGUGCAAAAAAAACGACACAUCGGUAACGACAUAGUGUGCGUGGUGUUUUUGGAAGCAGAUAAUACUGCGUUUAAUCCAGCUUGCAUGAAGUCACAUUUUCUCUACACGUUCAUCCUGGUUCGAGUCAGUCCACGAAUAAAGAGGAAGGUUACCAGAUACGAAGUGUCCGUUGCCACGAGGGACGAGGUUGGAGCUUACAAGCCCUAUCUUUGGGAACAAAAUGUCUUUAAAAAGGGUCCCAUGUUUCGCGAGUGGUUACUGACGAAGAUCGUGAACGGAGAGAGAGCCAGCUAUUCUGCGCCAAAAUUCGCUAAGAUGCAAGAGAGAACGAGGACGCAGAUGCUGGAAGACAUCGUGGCUAAUCUGACCAACCACGCGGAGACUGGACAAAUUCCAAAACCAUACAGACGAGGCUCUUGGAGGCCGAUUGGCCAUAUGAGACCAUCUUCGCCGCUCUUGGACUCGGUCAGGGAUGAAUUCGAGGACCUUGAUCAACUCGCCAAGGACUUCACCAAAGUAUUCUUGAAUAAUCAGGAAGAGAGCACGUUGAACACGAGUCUGUUCGACGUUUCUUUCUUGGUACACGGUCCACAGAAGCAGAAAGUUAGAUUCUUCGGUGUUAGGGCAAUCUUGGCUGUCAGAAGCAGAGUAUUUCAAGAGAUGCUGUACGGAAUUCAGGCAGGAUUCGGAAGUCCACAGGCACCAGUCGCUGAGUUACUCGCCAGACCAGUGCCCGCAUUGAGCCCUCAGAAACCACGAAGCUCCAACUUCCUUCAAGUACCUGACGUGGAGAGUCCAAGACCUAAAAGCGUGCCCUCGUCGCCGAUGAUGAAGCGGGCGUUCUCGAGGCUUAGCACGAUCACCACAGGCUGGGGCAGGAGCAUAAAGAAGCACGGCAAUGGGAACACCUUGCAGACCGAGGACAAGAAACGUUGGGCCAGCUCACAGGAUUGCAGCAACAAAGAGGCGAAAGAAAAGGAGAAAGCUGCUCAACAGUUACCGGUGCCAAGACUCAGCGUGUGCGCGGAUGCGCAGAAGGUUGACAGGGCAAAGUUGGCGCAGACAGAGUUCGACAUCAUCGAGUUCGACCCGAUGACAUUCAAGAUCCUGCUGAUCUACCUGCAGACAGGCUCCUGUCGUCUGACGUGCAGCAACAUACCAGGCCUGAUCUGCGCCGCGGAGCACUACGAUCUGCCGGAUCUUUUGCAGGCGUGCUUCCGCCAUGCGAAGCAGUACCUGCGCGUCGAGAUCGUGUGCGUGAUGCUGUCCGCGUUGGAGAACUAUUGCUGGCGUUACACGUCCGCCUCGGAGCUGGUCAACAUGAUCCUGGCGUUCAUCGAGACCAGAGCCUGCCAGCUGUUCCGGAAUCCUGAUUUUCUCAGACUGAGCGAGUCGAUGGUCCAGAUGAUCAUGUGCAGAAGUCUCGAAGUGGGCGAGAUUAGGAAGUUCGAGGCGAUGAUGGAAUGGGCGAAUAAUAGAAUCAAAGAUAGAAAGUCGACCAAGGUGGACCCGGAGGUCGAGUUCAAGUGUAUCAUGGAGAGGCUCAGCAAAGACCUGAAGCUGCACAAGAUAACGCCUCAGGAACUUAUCAGGAUCGUGCUGCCAUCAAAGGCGAUCAAAAACGAGAGGAUCCUCGAAACACUGGUAUACCAGGCGAACUCAGGGAUCUACAGGAACGUUGACAGCUACUUGGAGGCUUAUCAAAAGAAAGUGCAGAACCAGGAGAGUUUCGACUGCGGCUUGUAAGGAACUAUCGUGCGUAGUGUACCAUUACAAGCAGCUCUUACUUUCACCCUUAUAAGCACGGAUGAAACGCGUACCUGAGCAGAGUUGACUACAAGUUCGCCAGCACAAAUAAGGGUGAUCUUAACCAACAAAGGGAAUACUUCAUUCAGGAAUUCAUUGUCGAUGAUAACCACCUUAAUCCAAACUUCACGACGAUGAUCACGCCAAGAUCUCUGACACUGUUGUCAACUGUAGACACUGUCAACUAUAGAUCCGCAUGAUUGAUAGACAGAUUGCUAGAAAUUGGAUGAAACUGAAUCCAAGACGAGACAAACCACAGACUUGAGAACUCUUUAAAGGAAGGAAUAAAUUUAUUUUUCUCAAAAAUAUGGGCGAGAAGAAUAGUACGACUCGCUGAACACGAGGAGCUCGAGGCAGGAAAGGAGAUGAAGAAGAUCUCGUUGACUGAAGGAGAAAAUGGAGUCUGAAAUGACGCGAAGCAAGCAAACUGCACAAAUUUCAUAUAGUUAAACGAGAGAAAGAAGAGAAACGAUGGAACGACGUUGAAAGUAACACAGCCAACGGCACAAAUUGCCAUUUUUGUCAA